UUUAAAAUUGUACUUUUAACAAAAUAUGAAGAUAUGAUUCAUUUAACAGCGGCUUUCCGCGGUCGGCAGAGGGAAUUAGAGAUCACGCCGCAGAGGGAGAGAGGGGGAUCGUCGGGCGACAUGGCCGCCGCCAGGCCUCCCAAAACGCCGGUGAAGUCAGCACGGCUGCCAGUAGGUCUAUUUGCUGCACAAUGUGAGGAAUGCUUCAAAUGGAGGUUGAUAAGUACCCAAGAGGAGUACGAGGAUAUUAGAAGCAAGAUGAUAGAAGAACCAUUUACUUGCCCUAGAAAAACCGAUACUUCUUGUGACAAUCCUCCCGAUAUCGACUAUGAUACAACUCGAACUUGGGGAAUUGACAAACCCAACAUCCCAAAGACACCACACGGUUUCACAAGACGCUUAGUGCUGAGAAAGAAUUUCUCUAAAUUUGAUGCUUACUAUGUUACACCCACAGGGAAGACAGUGAGAUCCUCUACAGAGAUGCUAGCUUUUGUAGAAGCAAAUCCAGAAUACAAGGAUAUACCUCUUUCAAGCUUCAGUUUUGCAGUCCCGAAAGUAAUGGAAGAAACUGUACCUGAAAGCAUUUUGAAAGAGGGCUUAAAUAGCAGCAGUGCCAAAAGAAUUAAGAAAACAAAGGAUGAAUCUGCCCAUACCAACUGAAAAUCAGUUAGGGGGUGUUUGGAGUUAGGAGUUGAGAAGUAGGAGUUUGUGAACUCCACUCCUUAUUUAGCCUAAGGAAUUUAUGGGUCUCAUUACUAAAAAACAUCAAUUUUAUAUCUUAUCAACCUCUUAUACUAUAGGCCACGGGAGUUCAGAACUCCCUAGACUUCAUAAUUCCUUACUUUUCACUAUUCCACUCAUUAUCUCAAACACCCCCUUAACGGUUUCCUUGCAGCAUUCUUUUACUAUUGUUGUUGAUCUUAAAUCCUUGUGAAUGGUUCUAGACUUGAAAGAUGUAGAAUAGUGAUUAUCCUAUUGUUUGUACCAUUUUUUUUUUACAAGUAAGCACAAAGAUAGAUGCAGUCAAAGCUU